AUGAUGGCCGAUGUGAACAGGACGGGGCUAUCUGGCCGUGCCGUAUGUGCCCAGAAUCAGAUUAGGAUUGCUUGGUGCCGGCGCCAUAAGCAAUCACAUUAUUUCCCGGAUACGAGCAUCAUGUUUAACUUUUUAGCCAUGAUCUCGACGACAGUUUAUGACAGGGUCUUUUCAACAAUAUAUUAUAUCACCGGUUGUAUAGGAAUACCGGGGAAUCUUCUACUUCUCGGGCUGAUCAUCUUCAAGACUCCGGAAUCGUUGAGAGUUUAUCGAGUGCUACUAUUCAAUGCUUGUAUUACUGAUAUUGUUUUUAGUCUGGCAACUACGUUAGCACAAGUCAGGAUAAUUCCGAAUCGAUGGUAUUUUGUGUAUAUCCACCUUGGUGGCGCGAAGGCGUUGGGACCAACGUUUGAAUACGAGAUGUACACCCUACAACUUCAUUCUAUAUUUUACACCUUCCUUUGUUUCCCGUUAUCUUUCGGCUUCCGUUAUUUCGUCCUGAUCCGGCCUGUUCCAACGCCCCGAACCCUUGCCCUCAUCUGCUUUGCGUUAUGGAUCCCAGCCUUCAUCCAACACUGGCUGUUCCACUUUUCCCAAAUGGAUCCAGCUUUGGUGAGGAGCAAGCUUCAAGCGGCCAAACCGGAAUAUAAUUUGACGGGACUCGUUAUGUCCGGUAAUUACCAUAUGUUGGAGUAUCCAUUGGUUACUAUUGUUUUGUUGACAAUAAUCUUGCCAAUGUUCCCGAUCUAUUGCUUGGUCAUGUUUUUCUACAAUAAAAUCGACAAAUUUUUGAGAUCACAUGCUGAUAAAAUGAGCACAUCAACUGUUGUAAAUCACAGGAAAUUGUUGAUUGCUCUGUCAAUCCAAGCCUCACUUCCGGUGCUUUUUGUAUUUCCUCCAAUUGGCCUCUACCUGCUCUACCACUUGGAAAUCUUUCAAUGCACACUGUUGGAAUACCUGGUAUUUCCCAUCUUCAGUUGCUACCCGGCGGCGGCGCCGUUCAUUACAAUUUAUUACGUUCGACCCUAUCGUACGGCAAUUCGGAGAGCAAUUGGUCGAAGUCUCAGAAUCCGACCGGGCUCCUCGACGGGCGGGGACAACAACUUCGACAACCAGAGCAAAAUGCACAAGCCGACACUCAUCGUCACGGACCAUGACAUCAAGAGCGGGGACACCAAAGGCUCUGCCAAAGCGCCGAAUAGCGAGCCUUCUCAGCCGGACUCCCUCACAAGCCCC